UAAUUUACCGUAGCAACCGGCACGGUGCAUUCAUCUAGUUUAACAAACGCCACACCCACACAAACCGUCGUCAGUACAGCCCGAGCCCGACACGACGGACCCACCGCAAUAAACGACCGCGGACCAUGGCGUGCACCAAGGCCAGAAGAUGGAACGCCCGGUUGUCGCCGGCGCGGAGGCCGGUCCGCCGGAGGGCUGGCAUCGCCGGCGACGUACGGCCCGGCGCAGAGCUGUUUGGAAUUUUCCGAGUUCCGAACCAGCGCAUUACUGAGGGAGCAUUGACCUCGAGAGAAGACUGUUUGAUCCGAGAAGACUGUUUGAUCCUCAUCCUCUUCCAGCCAAAUCUCUUCGUGGCAUGGCGGAAGCUGCAGCUGUUUUCGCCGGGAAGGCCGUAGUGCAGCCGGCCAUCACCUACCUCGUCAAAAAGAUUGUCGAUCGCAUUCCCGACGGGGAUCUGUGCAAGAGGCUGCAGCAGAAGCUGCCCUUUGUUGAAGCGAUCCUCUACGCUGUUGAUCGGCAGCAGACACUGAGCAAUCCAAGUUUGUCUGAGGUGGUGUGGCAGCUCAGGGAUGCCAUCCAGGAGGCCGAAGAUGCGCUCGAUACACUGGAGUUCUUGGACCUCAAGAGCAGCGCCAAUAAUCGCAGCAAGGUGAGCUUAUCAUCCCUUUUGAGUAGCAUCAGCAGGAAAUUCCAUGUUGCUGACUCCAGUAGAGCAACGGAGAAUCUGAAAGAUGCACUCAAGAAUUUAGAUGCAGUCCUUGACAAUGCAGGGAGAUCCCUCCCGGCCAUAUAUCCCAGCUCGUGCUCUCAUGGUAAAGCGCACAUCCAAGAUUCUGCCAGCAUACAGGAGGUCACAAAAGAGUUGAGAACAACUAUAUUUGGUCGGCUCAAGGAAAAGGAUGCAAUAAUCGAUUGGCUCGGUGUUCUAACUCCAAAUAUUAGAGAUCAAAAGCUCUCAUUGUGUGCAAUUGUUGGUGCUGGUGGUAUGGGGAAAACAACACUUGCCCAGUUUGUCUGUCAAGAUAAGAAGGUUCAAGAUCAUUUUGCUAACAAAAUCAUAUGGGCAGACGUAUCUAAGAUCUUUGAUCCUAAAGUGUUGGUGAGGAAGAUCUCGGGAUCAUUCAACAGGUACAAAGCUAGCGCUGAUGGCUUGGACACCAUUAUGACUGACAAAUUUCUACUGGUCUUAGACGAUGCACGGGAUGAUGCACAAAGUGAACGAUGGCAACAAUUUUUAGAUCUAAUCAGAAAAAAUGCCCCAAUGGGAGGUAAAAUCUUGCUCACGACCCAAAUAAGGCCAGUGGCUAAUGCUGUUGAAGGCCAGAUGCCUCCAGAUACAUAUAAAUGUUUGGAGCUGGGUGGUUUAGAUCAAGAGAACACUCUGAAGCUCUUCAAUCAUCAUGCGUUUGGUGACUUGAGUCCCAGUGACUGCUUCGAGCUUCAAUUGAUUGGUGAACAGAUUGCCAGAAAACUCAAAGGAUGCCCUUUGUUAGCAAGAACAAUUGGCCGGCAUCUACAAGGAAACACAGAUCAUGCCAGAUGGAACACCAUCUUAAAUCACGAUAUCCACAAAGUUGAUGAUGUUGCCACUGAAAUCAAGAAAGUUCUCAGACUGAGUUACGAAAGCCUGAGUAAUGAAGUGCAGGUUUGCUUCCGGUACUGCAGCAUAUUUCCACCUCAUUACAAGUUCAAGAUGGAAGAGAUGGUUGAGAUGUGGGUGAGUUCAGGACUGAUAUUGCAAAGAGAGGAUGGCAUAAAUAACCGGGAAGAUAUUGCUAUACAGUACUUCAAUACUCUAGGGAAAAAUCAUUCUUUUCACUUGUACCCAGAGAACUGAAUGUUGAUACUUCUGAAGAUUACUAUGUCUUGCAUGAUGGAAUGCAUGAAUUUUCAUGCACUGUCUCCAUUGGGGAAUGUUCAAGAUUAAAAGCCACUGACCAUGGAAUUGGCAUACCUCUAACAGUGCGACACUUGUACGUAGAAGGCAUAAAUGCUGAAACUAUAAAUGUUAUUUCCAAGUUCAAGUACCUGCGCACUCUUGUCGUAGAAAAUAAGGAAAAUUCCAUCCAGGAAGAACAUGCAAAUGCUCUUAAAAAUUCAAUCGAAGGCAGGACAAGCUUGUGACUCUUAAAGCUAUACGGAAAUGGUUGGUUUUGUAUGAACGACACUAUUGCUGGGCUUGAGCACUUGAGGUACAUCUAUCUGUCAGCUACCAAGGAAUCUAAUCUAAGUAAAUUAUUUAAGCUCUGUCACCUGGAGGUCCUUCAGAUCCUAAAGAUUGAGAAAGAAAAUGAAAGUAGAUCUAUAAGUAUUAAUCUACCUCACUUGCAGAAACUGCAUCUUCCUAAAACUACAGUGUCCAGGAUCGCUCAGAUUGGUAGCCUGACUACUCUUCGAGAGUUGAAUGGGUUCAGUGUGAAAAGAACAGAUGGCCACAAAAUAACUGAGCUGAAGGAUUUAAGGAAGCUCCAAAAAGUCAUUGUGCUUGAUGUCCAAAAUGUUAUUGAUCACACUGAAGCAUCUGAUGCUGAACUGGAUAAGAAAUCGGAUCUGAAGGUAUUGUCUUUGGAAUGGUGUGCUGAUCAAGCUAGUUGUGAUGGUAGGAUCCUUAAUAAGCUUGUUCCUGACAGUAAUCUCAAGCAUUUAGUUAUUUCUGGAUAUAACGGCACACGACCUCCAUUGUGGAUGGAAUCUAAGUAUUUUUCCAAUUUGGUAUAUCUGAAGCUUGAUGGAUGUGUGGAAUGGGAUAAACUUCCUCCAUUUGGAUAUCUAUGGACACUAAAGCAUCUGUUUUUGAAGAACCUACCGAAAUUGGAAUAUAUUGCUAGUUCAUCCUACAGCACUGUUGUGUAUGGAUACAGAGACACCAGUCCUGAUGUUCUGCCUCCUCAUCUGAUCACUUUUGUUGUGAAGAAUUGCCUGGGCCUGUCAGAGCUACCCAGUUUACCUUUUAGUCUGAGGUAUUUGGACAUAGAUAGAGUUGGAAUGUCAAGUCUGCCAACCAUGUGUACUCAUAUGGGGCGAAGACGUGUUUCUUUGGUGGAGUCACAGCUCUCUAUUUUGAAUGUUGAGUCUUGCAAUCUUCUGGUUUCUCUAAAUGGGUUCUUACAAGAGGAACAUUGCAGAGUUCUCACUGUCUUAAGCCUGGUCUGUUGCCACAUGUUGAUCUCCCUUCCUGAUGCAUCAGAUUUCAAAAGGAUGUCUAAAUUGGAGAGCAUUAGAAUCAUUGAAUGUAACAGGUUGUCUUCCUUGGGUGGACUAGAAGCCCUUUCUCAUCUUAAAAUACUGAGGAUAGAGCAUUGUGCCAACUUGGUUACUACGUCAUCAAGGCUUCCUCCAGCAUCAGAUGAAAGUACUUAUCUUAAGCUUGAAACACUUGAAAUUGAUGACCAUCAGUUACUUGCUAUAAGCCCAAUAAGAAAUCUGUGCCUUACGAAAAAACUUAUCAUAUUAGAGAGAGAAAAAAUGGCUGAGUUGCCUUUAGAAUGGCUGUUACAGAAUAGAUCUCACCUAGAGCAUAUAGAAAUAAGCAACGCGGAACUGUUGAAGUCUUUGCCUAAUAUGCAUGAAUGGCACACUCUACGAAGCAUGCUUCUGCAUAACACUCCACUUCUUCAGUCGCUCCCACUGAUGCCCCCAAACCUGUGGGUCCUUGACAUCAACGGCUGUUGCAAUGAGUUGCAUGGGGAAUGCCAGUCUGGUGGUUCUGAGUGGUCAAAGAUUUGUCGGAUCCAUAGUUGUAACAUUACCCCCAAAAUAUGAUAGAUAUGCAAUAUUUUCAUGCCAACUUUUGUAUUCUUGGAUAGUUUUUCCUUUUUACUCUUUUACCAUAGAAUCUCUUAAUCAUGCCCUUUUUUGGCACAAUUUCAAAUAUUGACUAUACUUUGUUUUAGAGGGAAGUUCCUUUAGAGAUGUUCGAUUUGACGGACAGUAAGCCAAGCAAUCACUCUCCUUGGGCAAUGUUUGAUCUUUCCAAACCGUUUCACCCUGUUCUCUUGGGCUCUUAGAAAUGUAUAGUAUUAUUAUUCAGCAUGUGCUAGCCAUCAUAUUUGUUAUGGUACCUACUUCAACUGCAGCAUAUAUGUAAAACAGUUCUCUAUAAUUUAUUUAGAUGCUUUCUGUAUAUA